AUGGCUUUUGCUGGGUGUAUAUUCUUCAUCUUUAUUUUGUUUCCCAAUCACCAUUUAGCUGGCAUUGCGCCUAUAUCAAAUAUGCAAGAGUUUACUCUGCAAGACGUGGCAGCCCACAAAACCAAAGAUGACCUUUGGGUAGCCAUUCACGGAAAAGUCUAUGACAUAACAAAAUACGUUCGCGACCACCCCGGAGGAGCAGAUAUCCUAGUUGAUGUCGCUGGAACCGAUGCGACAGCUGCAUACGAAGAUGUCGGCCACUCAGAGGACGCAGAUGAGAUUUUGGGGACAUACCUGCUUGGCACCCUGAAAGACGCUCAAGAAUUCAAGAGGCCCAAGACAGUUCGUCUGGUUCAGCAAACCUCUUCUAAGGCCGAGACCAAAGGCACCAACAAAUCUACAUCCGCCAUUAAAACGGUUGCCCUUACCUCAGGGUCUCUGGGAAGCGCGCUCUUGCUCUACAUAUCCUCGCGCAGCAAUCCAGCUCUGCGUGAACUGUUAUCUAAACUUCCAAAGUUGUCGCUUAACAAAUUACCUGAGAUCCAUGUGCCAUCUGGGGGUGUGCUACAUGGAGGGUUCUCGGGUGGCUUUGUCGCCGCCACCAUCCUUUGCGCAGCAAUCGGCGGUGCACUCGGGUCGAAGCUCUCCAAGUUCACACAGGUUGAAUCCGGUUUUACGCGAUAUCCCUCGCGCAUAAAAUCCCGCAACUUGAAGAAACAGAACCCGCACCUUGCCAAGGGCUUCCUCGAGCCAAAGGAUUACAAGAACCUGCCUCUCAUCCGGAAAGACCAGUUAGCACCGAACGUGUAUCGUUUCGUCUUCGAACUUCCGGGUCCACGGGACGUCAUUGGUCUUCCUAUCGGCCAGCAUGUUGCUAUCAAAGCCAACGUUAACGGCGCGGCUGUUUCCAGAUCAUACACACCAACAUCGAAUAACCUGGAUCUGGGUCGUCUGGAACUAGUUAUCAAAUGCUACCCGGACGGUAUCCUCACGGGCCAGUACCUUGCAAACCUGAAAGUGGGCGACAAGGUGCAAUUCCGUGGUCCUAAAGGCGCAAUGAAGUACCACAGCGGUCUUUGCAAAAAGAUCGGAAUGAUUGCCGGUGGAACCGGAAUCACGCCCAUGUAUCAACUUAUUCGGGCGAUCUGUGAAGACGAUACCGAUACCACGGAAGUGAGCUUGAUCUACGCCAAUCGAUCCGAGGAAGAUAUCCUGCUGCGCAGUGAACUGGAAGCGUUUGCUCGGAAAUAUCCAAAGAACUUUAAGCUCUGGUAUAUGCUUGAUCAUCCUCCGAAGAACUGGGCAUAUGGCAAAGGUUAUGUUACGCCGGAGGUUAUGGCUGCGAAGUUGCCUGGACCGGCUCCGGAUACAAAAAUUAUGCUUUGUGGUCCACCGGGUAUGGUGAAUGCUUCGAAGAAAGCAUUGACUGCUGCUGGAUUUCAGGCGCCAGGGGCUGUUGGGAAGAUGACGGAUCAGAUAUUUUGUUUCUAA